AUGCCUGAAACACCCAAGAAGAAGGAACCCACUGCCUCUGAGGCCAUGUUUUUCUUUGCCAUUGUUAAGCAUACUCGCAACAAGGCCGACAUUGACUGGAGCGCCGUGGCUGCGGAGCAGGGGUUCAAGAAUGCGGAUGUCGCCAAGGUAUAUUCUCCCUCAUUUUCCUAUCGUGCGGGCAUGCUGAUUGGGAAACAGGUCCGCUUCGGCCAGGUCAAGCGCAAGCUGGGCAUAAGCACCAACACUGACACGCCUGCUACCUCUCGCACACCCAUCAACAAGGUUGCUUCUGCUUCUGCAGUCGACAGCCCCACCAAGGUCAGGAAGAGCAGUGGUCGGGCAAAACCCAAGGGCAGGGCCAAGGGAAAAGGCAUCAAGGUGGAGGAGGUGGAGGAUGAGGAAUUGGCGGACGAUGAGACUGUGGUUGGGGUGAAGAAUGAGCAUCUGGACGGAGAAUUGGAUGCUGAAGUUGGGUCGUUUUUGGCUGAGGAGGAGUCUUUGAUGGGCGAGGAGGAGCCUGCAGAGCUGUUUUAG